UCCGUUGUUUCUAGGUCUUCCACCUCCUCUCUCCGCCGCCGUCACCCACUCCACUGCUCCGGCGAGGAACCGCUCGCCCAGCCGGCGACCAUGGCGGAGGCCGCGAGCGCAGAAGAGGCCGCGCCUCUCCACCCCGGCCUCCCGGAUGAGAUCUUCAUCUGGGAAGUCCUCGUCCGCCUGCCCCCCAAAGCCCUCCUCCGCUGCCGCACAGUCUGCCGCGCCUGGCGCCGCGCCACCUCCGCCCGCGACUUCCUCCUCGCCCACCACGCCCUCCAGCCCGCCCUUCCCCUCCUGUACGUCCACAACUAUGUCGGCGACAACAUCGAGUCCCUAGACAUCGUCCCCUUCGACCGCCGGGCAGGGGUCGCGGCCGACGACCAGCUCCGGCCAGUCGCGCGACUCGGCCAGGGCCCCUUCCGUGCGAUCGCCUCCUGCGACGGCCUCCUCGUCUUCUCCAACGACUGCCGCUUCUCCCUCUGCAACCCGGCGACUCGUCAGUAUGCUCGCCUCCCGGUGCCUCCUGGCUUCGUGCCCCUGGGGAUGUACUCGCACAGCCCAACCGGCAAGUACCGGCUAUUGCUGUACAAGCUCUCCACUGGACCGGCGCCUGACGCUCAAGGUGGCUCCUACGUGUUGGUAUUAGGCUCCGGCCAGCCGCCACGGUGCAUAGGGUGCCCUGAUGCUAGGGAACUGGUAUUCAGCCCAUCCGUCCUGUUCCGUGGUGGCCUGCAUUGGCACAGAGAGCAGAAUGAGAGGAUAGUGGUAUUCGACACCACCACUGAGUUGUUUCGGCACAUGUGCGUUCCGGUUGUUUCUCGCUGCACUAACCUGUUUGAGAUGGAUGGAAUGCUCGGCGUGUCCAGCUUUAAUUAUGCAGCGGCAACCAUUGAUAUAUGGAUGGCGCAGGACUAUGAGAGCGAGGUCUGGUCUAACAAACACCACGUUGAGUUGCCGGUUGCAGAGCUCACCAUGCGCUUUGGAAGGUUUAACAGACAUGGGUUUGGGGUAGUCGCUUCUUCGGAUGGUCAUUUGCUCAUGCUGCUCAAAUUUAGCGACUGGCUACUUCAGGUUGAUAUGGAUGGCAAGUUGGUCGCUAGUUUCCAUUGCAAAGACCUUGCUUAUACUCGAUUUUGGCUCAAACAAACUUUAGUUUCGCAUACCUUCUUUCCGACACUAGAGCAUUAUGUUGUGAACGCUUCGCCUUUUAUAUGAUCUAAUAGCUUUGAGUGAUGCGGUGCUUCUGAA